ACUCAGGCAGCGGCGCGAGACGAACGCGGGCGAUUGCGCUAACGGUUCCCAACGUGGCGGAAGAAAGCAAACAUAUUGUUUGAUUUAUUAUUAAAACUGAAAUGUUUACUAUGUUUUCGGUUAAUAUCGAGUGAACAAAAUCAAUAUGACGCCUACCUGGUGGUCGCUUCAGUGUUGAUUAAUAUGUUCAUCGCGAAAUAAGUGAUAGUUAUUUUUUGCCAAUGUGCGUUUACUCUUUAAGGACCUUGAAGAAUAAACUUUUAAAUGAAAAUAUGGUUUAUUGUUGUGGAAGGCGAGGUAGAUAGCUAAUGGAAUGGCAGGUCGUAGUGAGACAAGUGCAGAGCCGGCUAGCCUGGAGUAUAUGGAGGAUCCUUACUUUGUGCCACCGGAUGAUGAUUCUACUCCAAGCUUUGAUGUCGCCGUCGAUGAAUUAGAUAAUUUAGAAGAUAUAGUAAAUUGGCCCCAAGAGGAUACGGAGACGGAAUGGCGCUCUUUACCGGAACUAACAGAAUCUGCUCUAUGCAUCGAAACGGAAUUUUAUAUGGACAAUCGUCGUCGACGACUUCGUAUAUUUAAAAAAAAGAUGCGUGAAGUUAGAGUCACAUUUCAAGAUUUGACUAAGCCGUAUCUUGCUAAAGUUUCGAGCCAUACGAAUUAUAAAAAAUUUCUAGGAAUUACACCUGGAGCCGAAGAAGCCAUGGCCGGCGCAGGCGCCGGAGACGCUCAUAUUGUGGACGAGCUUGCUGGUCUGACUCCGGAGCAAGCUGAACAGCUCAAAGCUGAGUGGAGUCGGGAACUUGCAAGGGUCGAAGAUGAAAUUGCUACGCUGCGCACCGUGUUGGCGAGCAAAAUUCGGCAGAGUUCUGAACUAAAACGCAAACUUGGUAUUACCGUGUGGAAAGAGAUUACCGAAGACGUUAAUCAAGGAUUGAAAAACGUAAAGGAAAGCCAAGUAUACCAAAAAACUGAAUCUGUGAUAAAAUCGACGGCGGAAAAGACGACCUCAAUCCUGGGAGGGUUAACAGCUGGCGUCACACAAAAAAUUGGGCAAAUGAGGAACUCGGAUUCCUUCCGCUCGAUAGAGGAACGUGUUGGGUUCGCUUAUGAGAAUGUUAAGGGUAAAGUAUCGUCCAGGUCAAAUUCGACCCAGAGCUUCGACGAAGCGCUUCGUGACGCCAGCCGUAGUGCCAGUGGGGCCACAUCACCGACAAUCCCCGAAAACAAAGCUUUGCCUUAAUGCAUCCUAUGACCACCCACGCCGCUUUUUCUUGAACUGACAAGUUUUUCUACCGAAUAUAUGAGCCAUGUCAAUUACACACUCGUCAGUCAGUAGCAAUCUUCAUCUUAAUGUUUUCCAGUAAAAAAAUUUAAUGAGUUGAAAUAUGAAUUUUAUUAAUAUUUAAGUUGGGCUAAAAUCUACUACUCAGACAUAAUGACAAAAGUGUUACGGUCUCGUUGGAUUUUGAGGACAUAUCGAUAUACUUGAUCUUGAAUUUCUGAAUGAUUGGAAAACAUUUAAGAUUAAGAGGAGAUUUUACUUCACCUAUUAAACACUGUAAACCCCACAAUAAUUAUGCUAGAAUUAAGAUUAUUGUGUUCAGGGUCUUAAGUGACUGCGGUGUAGGCAGAAAAUCAAUUUGGUAAAUUGUCUCUGACGUAUAUUUGCAUUCCAACACAAAAAUUAAAUGAAUAUAAAAGGAAAAAUAUGAUGCGGCACGGUGUACCAAUUAUUCGCUUCGCAAAGAAUUUUAUAUACACAAUUAUAUUGUUGGAGGCAAUGUCUAUGUACUUGCCCGAUGUUAAGAGCAGUUCAAAAAGAUAUUUUUAUAAGAUGCUUAGCUUUCCGUAUAAGUGUUUCCAUUAUUUACAUUGAUACAUUUUAAAUGAAAAAUAAAGUUAUGUAUUAAAAGGA